AUGGCUGGACAUGCCAUGUGCCCGUCUUCAAACAAAAGGGUCAGCAUCACUUUCUUCAGAGUGCGUCCCGAAUCCAUUCAAGGCCAGUCACCACCAACUAGUCCCAUGAACGGUGCCAUGACCCUAUGGCAACCUAGCAUCCCGAGCCCAUAUCCGAUGCCAAACGGAGCUGCUCUUAGUGGCUAUGAGCCAAUGGAUUCAAAUUCAAUGCCUAACUGGGGAGAUCUUCGUUCUCCAGUGGUCAUGCUUGCUCCAAUGCGCCCUAUGGUCUUGAGUCCCAAGAGAAUGCCCAAUGGUGGUGGGACAGGGGUUUUUUUGCCCUGGGCUGUAGGAUCUAGGAAACCUGCGAAGCAUCUUCCACCCCGUGCCCAAAGAGGACGCCUCCUUGCACUAUCCUCUCCAGUCGAAGCACAUGUGGCAGGUUCUGCUUCUGAUACAGAGGAAGGGAUCAGAGGGAUAGAUGUAUCGUUGAAUCAAACGCAGAAGAUAAAGGUACAGAGAGCGGUGCAGCAGCUGGAGUCUUUGUAUUCGAAAGCCAACUCCAAUGCUUCUGUCACCGUCGCCGAUACCGUACCCGUCAGCUACGAAGGCACCAUUCUCCAGGGUCAUGGCACCUCUGAGCGCGAAGGUGAAGUGGUGGCGACGCUGCGUGGAGUGGUGGAGCGUGCUGAAGUUCGUAAUUGUCAGAAUGAUCGUAGUUUACAAUUGCAAGCAGAAAGUCAGAAGUAUGGAAAGCAGAAAGUGAAAGCUGAACGACGCAUGUUGAUGACAAAGAGGAAAGGGUCACACUUGUCAUUUGAAACCCAAAGUAUUCCUGGAGAUUAA